UAAUUUAGUCGCGUCUAAUGCCCGCGGUUUUCCGUGCGGGCGCAUGCAGGAACGCCGUUUUACUCAUGCGCGACUCGCGGAUGCCCCACGUGCAGUUCGCGUCAGCUUGAAUUCGGCCGCCACCCCGAGGCUGGACAUGAGUGCGAGGGUGAAUUGAUUCCCUCCCCCUCCUCCCUCGGACCCUGUUUUUCUCUCCCCCCAAUUUUUCGUUUACGCACGCUUCGCGGCUGUGAUGUGCGACGGCGAGAGACUCGCUCUUCACGAGGCGCGGUAGUGACGUGUAACGUAAAAGGAGGGAAAAAAAAACAAGAAGAAGAGUCAAUCAGGAUAUUCAGAUAUGUACCCCGGCGCCACUAUGAACGCGGCGGCGGCGGCGGCCGUGGCGGCCGCGGCUCGACAUCCGGGCCCGCCGCAACCCAACCAGCCGUUCAAGUUCACGAUCGCUGAGUCCUGCGACAGGAUCAAGGAGGAGUUCAAUUUUCUGCAGGCACAGUAUCACUCGCUGAAGCUAGACUGCGAGAAACUGGCUAACGACAAGAUCGAGAUUCAGCGUCACUACGUGAUGUAUUACGAGAUGUCUUAUGGUUUAAAUGUGGAGAUGCACAAACAGGUGAGUUUGAACACGGAGAUAGCUAAACGUCUGAGUGCACUCCUCACUCAAGUCAUACCAUAUCUCCCUCAAGAUCAUCAACAACCGAUCGCUACUGCCUUUGAUAGGGCGAAGCAAGUCACGAUGGCUGAAUUAAAUACCAUAAUGGGACAACAGAGGCCAGACAUACCGCGGUUCCUUCAGCAAAUGCACGCUCAGCAAAUACCACCGGGGGCGGCGAUGGGUCAUCCGGGUCUACCUGGACUUCCCGGAUUGGGGCCAACUGCCGGUCUUCCGGUGCCAACUUCCGCGUCCGCGGCUUUGCUCGGUCUCGGAUUGACUGGGACGGCCGGCGCGGCCCCCGGGACGACCGCCGCCGCGCAUUCCCUGUCGAUGCUCGUCAAACCCGAGAUCCACCGUGGUCAACCGGAUGACCUGAAGAGCAACGGCGGUCUGAGUUCGACGGAGGACCGACACCGGGGCUCGAUAUCGCCGGCCGACAAGUACAACCGAUCGCGCACGCCGCAAGAGGCGACUCACACUCAUCAUUCUCAUCACUCUCAGAAUCACCACGAUCACUCGUUGCACCCGAUGAAGAAGAUGAAGAAAGAGCACGAGACGUGUAAGGACGUCGUACAUAGUGACGGCGAGAAGAGCGACCAAGAUCUAGUAGUGGAUGACGCGAGCGACGGGUGUCCGAGCCCGGUGAUGAACGGCGUGACAUCGCCUCGCGAAAACGGCCUCGACAAAGUUUCCGUGGUUCCGUCGAUGGGAGCCGGCGUGCAAACCGUGACGAAGAAGGACUUGGCGCCGCAUUCCCCCAGAAGCGGCACGAGCAGCAAUGCGAGCACGCCGUCGACCAAGAAGAUGGAAGACCGCGAGAAACCGGCGACGCCGAUUUCGAAGCCGUACACACCGACGUCAGGAUCUGCGACGGCGGCGAUCAGCGGAGGGAUAAAAUCGUCAACCCCGGGCAAGCUCUUGCAAGGACCGUCGGUACCGCCCGGUUCGGUACCACCCCCUGCGGGCGCUUACCCGAGCCCGUUGCACUAUCCGCCGCCCGGUCUGCCACCGCCGCAUAAUCUCGCGCCGGUAGCCCACGGCCAACAUCCGCAUGUCGAUGUGAUGGCCGCUUACAACGGUUACGCGACACCUCGACCUCCCGCCGCUUUGCAACAACUGUACGAUCCGCAUGCGGCUCUGAGGACCUCCGUCGGGACACAAGGAGGAAAACCUGCGUACAGCUACCAUGUGUUGAGCGACGGACAGAUGCAGCCAGUGCCGUUCCCGCAGGACGCUCUUAUGGGCCCAGGAAUACCGCGCGUCGCGCGUCAGAUUAGUACCCUCGAUCACGGCGAAGUAGUCUGCGCGGUGACGAUCUCGAAUCCAACCAAGUAUGUUUAUACCGGUGGUAAAGGCUGCGUCAAAGUUUGGGAUAUCGGCCAAGCAGGUAUGACCGACGUAAAGCCUGUCUCGCAACUCGACUGUCUGCAGCGCGAAAAUUACAUCAGAUCGGUCAAGUUACUCCCGGACGGUAGGACGUUAAUAGUCGGCGGCGAAGCCAGUCAACUGAGCAUCUGGGAUUUGGCCAGUCCGACACCGAGGAUCAAAGCCGAAUUGACCUCCUCAGCGCCAGCGUGUUAUGCCUUGGCCAUUUCCCCGGACUCGAAGGUUUGCUUUAGCUGUUGCAGCGAUGGAAACAUCGCCGUGUGGGACUUGCAGAAUCAGACCUUGGUCAGGCAAUUCCAAGGACACACAGAUGGAGCGUCCUGUAUCGACAUCUCCGCCGACGGGUCGAAACUCUGGACGGGAGGUCUCGACAACACCGUCCGUUCCUGGGAUCUACGGGAAGGCAGGCAGCUGCAGCAGCACGAUUUUAGUUCACAAAUAUUCUCCCUUGGCUUUUGCCCGACCGGCGAGUGGCUGGCAGUCGGAAUGGAGAAUUCGAACGUCGAGGUGUUACACGCCACCAAGUCCGACAAGUAUCAGCUACACCUGCACGAGUCUUGCGUACUGUCGCUGAGGUUUGCCUCUUGCGGCAAGUGGUUCGUCUCUACAGGGAAGGAUAAUCUGCUGAAUGCCUGGCGUACUCCUUACGGAGCAUCGAUAUUCCAGGCGAAGGAAUCCUCGUCGGUGCUUAGUUGCGAUAUAUCGACGGACGACAAGUACAUCGUCACCGGUUCCGGCGACAAGAAGGCCACCGUCUACGAGAUCGUAUACGUAUGAGACGUAUAUAGCGCCGUGUGAGAGGCUAUCAACUGGCCAUUCCAUGGAAACAGAAACGCUCGCCCAGAGUUCUUUCGGGACUAUUAUACGACUGGUUACGACGGAUGAUGUGAUACCGUUGUUGGUUCUCUUUGUUAUCGCUGUUGUUACUCGCUCGUUGAUAAAAGAGAGGGAUCGUCGGCGCGAGGCCGAGCCAAACGGACACGAACAAUUUCGGUAUUUCCCAGAUUUUAAUGGUCGCCAAUGUUCCCCGCCUCAAAAUAAAAAUCUGGAAAAUACACUUAAGACUGCGAUACAACGACGUAAAUAAGUAUAAGAGCCUAGUGAGAACGCGAUAACAUCAUUUCACGAGGUUAUUUUGAAGAUUUGACAGAGAGAAGUAUUUUUUUUCUCUUUAAUAAUUUCUAAUAAAAUAUUUGCAGAUUAUUUACACUUGUUAUUCUUUUGUCAGAUUGCGAUAGAAUAGAAAAUCGCCGUCUUUCAUGAAUAAAGGAUUUGUCUCGUUUCAAACAGUGAAACAAUAUUGAUUUAAACUCGUAAAAUUUCAUAAUAUAACGCUCGGAAUGAAGAAGUUGUGUUUACUGCCCCUACUGCCGAUUGUUUCGUAUUUUUACAUGCCAUUGCGAUCCGUUUCGCUUGGUGCGCACGAUCGCUCGUUGAUUGUGAUUAUUCAUGUCUCUUAUCUGUACAUUUUGUAAAUAACAGGUUUUAAGUAUACCGUGAUAUUUUUCUACUACACCGUAAGAGAGCGAGAUGACAGAUGUGACAAUUGUAAAUAUCUCAAGAUCAAGACAUUUACAAGAGGUCAAGACGUGAAAAAAAUCGAUCGAAUAAAUGGCAUACGAUAAUUGAGAA